AUGAUGAACGCUACUUGUAACUAUCCGGGGCAUAUUAAGAAAAAUUGUCAAAGUCAAAUUGAAAUUUGUCGUCGAUGCGGAGGAGACAGAAAAAACGUGAGCGAUCAUAAAGAAUGUGUAAUAAAAUGCCAUCAUUGUAUGAGUGAUGAUCAUCAGUCGACUGAUUAUAAAUGUCCGCGAAUUGCAGCGUAUCGUAAACAAUUAUUAAUGGAAUUAAAAAAACGAGCUGAGUUGCAACAACGUGAUUUUCGUGAAAUAAGGGAAAACAUGAAUCCAAAACAGUGUUUUCUCAGAAAUGCCGAAACAUAA